UACUCCGCCACGAUGUCAACGGAACGACGCAUCAAGAGCCUUAGGGCACGCCUGAAGAGCCUGUUGACUUCAUUCAACCUAAUCAAAACCUUCGUGGAUGACUACCAGGAAGAACGAGAUUCACACCAAGUCUCGGUACGUCUGGAAUACCUGGUGACCCUCUGGAAUGACGUCAACGAAACGCAAUUGGAACUCGAGUCGUUGGACGAUGAGAGCCUGGACGAAUAUCUGAAGGACCGAACGGACUUCGAGUCUAGUUUCUUCCACGUGAAGGGUUUCCUACUUUCCGUCACUAAACCUACGGACCCUGCUUCUCCGACUGCCCCCCGCUCACCUGCACAAGCUCCGCCAACUUCGUCCUCAGUACGACUUCCCGACGUGAAGCUGCCCGUAUUCUCUGGCCAACUCGACAGUUGGCUUAAUUUCCAUGAUUUGUUCGUGUCUCUCGUCCACUCGUCGCAUGAGCUCUCCAAUAUCCAGAAGUUCUACUACCUCCGGUCGUCCCUCUCCGGAGAUGCUCUCAAGUUAAUUCAAACCAUCACCAUCAGCGCUGACAACUACCUGGUGGCGUGGAACUUACUGGUAACCCACUACCAGAACCCCGUUUUGUUGAAGCAGUCGUACGUGGACUCUCUUUUUGAAUUCGCCUCAUUAAAAAGGGAAUCUGCUUCGGAGUUGCACUCGCUCGUUGAGAAGUUCGAGACAAAUGUCCGAGUACUGAAACAGCUUGGAGAGAGGACAGAGUUCUGGGACAUACUCUUGAUCCGAAUGCUGAGUAGCAGACUGGAUUCAACCACCAGACGUGACUGGGAGGAGUACUCGUCAACAAAGGCCAACGUAGCGUUCAACGAUCUGACGACCUUCCUGCAGCGUAGAGUCACCGUCCUGCAGACAAUCAGCAAACCGAAUGAAGCGCUACCUCAAAGUGCCUCAAAGAAGUCCGUAUCUCGCUCCGUCGCCAGCCAUGGGGCCAGUCAGCCCAAUUAUCGCAAGUGUCUUAUCUGUUCCGACCACCAUCCCUUGUAUCUAUGCACUGUGUUCUCGAAGAUGACCAUCGAAGACAAGGAAAAAGAUGUACGACGCCACCAACUUUGCCGAAACUGUCUCCGAAAGGGCCACCAAGUUCGUGAAUGCCCAUCGUCCAGCACCUGUCGUAAGUGUAGAAGUCGUCACCACACUCUACUCUGUUCCGGUGAAGCUCCUCCGAUGUCUGUGAACACCAGGCCCUCAGACUCUGGACCAGCCACCACGGUUCCCGUCGUAAAGGAGCAACCCAGAAACUCCGCCUCUGCAGUAUCGCAGCCAGUCAGCUGCGCUUCGUCCGGUCCGAAACCUAAAAGCGUUCUUCUUGCCACCGCCGUGGUCAUUCUCAUCGAUGACACUGGAGCCGAGCAUGCCGCUAGAGCACUCCUGGAUUCCGGCAGUGAGUGCUGCUUCAUGACCGAAUCGCUCGCUCAACAGAUCAAGGUCAAACGCACCAAAAUCAACGUUCCGAUAACUGGAAUUGGACAGUCUUCGACGCACGCCAAGCACAAGAUUCAAUCGACCAUUCGCUCUCGUGUUAGUGAAUACUCUUCCACCGUAGAUUUCUUGGUGCUUCCGAAGGUCACCGUUAAUCUUCCGUCCACAUCCGUAGACAUCUCUUCUUGGGAAAUUCCAGACGGAAUUCAUCUUGCAGACCCCUCGUUCCACAAUACAAACCCCGUUCAACUCGUCUUGGGAGCAGAAAUCUUCUUCGACCUCUUUAAAGUGACCGGUCGGAUACCACUCGGUGAGUCGCAACCAACCCUAGUCAACUCCGUUCUAGGUUGGGUCGUAUCUGGAGGAAUUUCUAACUGUCGACCGACAACAGCUGUCACGGCCAACGUCGCUACAGUCGCUGAUCUCCAUCGUCUAAUGGAGAAGUUUUGGACAAUCGAAGAAAACAACGAUUCCACAAUAUACUCUGUCGAAGAAGCCGCUUGUGAGGCACAUUUUCGUCGUACUGUUUCCCGCUCGUCCGACGGACGCUACAUUGUUCGACUCCCAUUAAAAGCAGACACUCUCGCCAGCCUUGGUGACAAUCGCCGCUCCGCACUUCGCCGUUUCCAUCUCGUCGAAAAUCGUCUGUCUCGCAACCCCGAGCUAGGUGACCAAUAUCGAGAGUUCAUGCGAGAGUACGAAGAACUGGGGCACAUGAAACUAGUACACGACCACGAAACACCACCAUUGCCAAGCUAUCAUCUUCCGCAUCACGCCGUUAUUCGUGAAGACAGUACGACCACCAAAGUGCGAGUGGUGUUUGAUGCAUCAUGCCGAACACCCCAAGGACCAUCCCUAAAUGACGCCCUAAUGGUCGGACCAAUCGUACAGGAAGACCUUCGUUCGAUUAUCAUGCGCUCCAGAACUCAUCCGAUAAUGCUCAUCGCGGACAUCAAGCAAAUGUUCCGUCAGAUAAGAGUUGAUGAAACAGACACACCACUCCAGCGAAUCGUUUGGCGAUCAUCACCGGAAACACCCAUGGGAACCUACGAGUUGAAAACCGUCACUUACGGCACUGCUAGUGCACCCUUUCUGGCCACCAGAGUACUUAGGCAGCUUUCCGAAGACGAGCAGGACCGAUUUCCGCAAGCCGCUGAAGUUCUGCGUUUGGACUUCUAUGUGGACGACUUAUUCUCUGGGGGGAAAACCGUAGAAGAGACUAUCGCACUUCGGAGACAACUUGAUGCCCUACUAUCUGCCGGAGGCUUCGAAUUACGAAAAUGGGCCUCAAACGUUGAAGCAGUCCUUGAAGAAGUUCCCCUCGACAACAGAGCUCUUAAAACGUCCGUGGACUUAGAUCGUGAUCAGUGUAUCAAAAGCCUCGGGCUCCAUUGGGAACCAGCAACCGAUCAGCUUCGCUACAAAAUUGACCUACCGACGAUUGGCGACACACCUAUCACGAAACGAAUUGCGCUUUCCCAAAUAGCACGCCUGUUCGACCCACUUGGCCUAGUGGGACCAGUCAUAACCACAGCAAAAUUGUUUAUGCAGGCUCUGUGGACACUGAAAUCUGAAGAAGGGCACAUCUGGAGAUGGGACCAGGAACUUCCACCGACCUACAAGGAACGUUGGCUCAACUAUACUGCACAGUUACCCCUUCUCAAUGAACUGCGCAUCGACCGUUUCAUUCUCUGUCUAAACCCUUCUUCAAUUCAGUUACAUUUCUUUGCUGAUGCAUCGGAGAAUGCAUAUGGCACUUGUUGCUACAUUCGAUCUUCUAACUCUGAGGGAGAAGUUAAAACUGCACUGCUGACGGCAAAAUCAAAGGUCGCUCCGUUAAAACAACAAUCUAUUCCACGUCUCGAACUGUGUGGAGCGCUUCUCGCAGCUGAAUUGUACGAGAAGGUCAAGGCAUCCUUGAAGUUUCCCGUCGAUACUUAUUUCUGGGUAGAUUCGACCAUUGUCAUCUGUUGGCUCAACGCGAACCCAUCGAAAUGGACAACCUUUGUUGCGAACCGCGUCUCUAAAAUUCAGCUCGCAACCCAAAACUGCACCUGGAAUCACAUCUCGGGACAACAGAAUCCAGCCGACCAUAUCUCCCGUGGGUUAUCAGCAGAAAGUAUUCUCCUCAACGAACUUUGGUGGAAGGGUCCACACUGGCUGUCACAGAACAAACCAUUUUGGCCUAUUCAGCAAGCACCUCACGAACUCCAUAUCGACGACCUACCCGAGACACGCAAAUCAUCUGUAUCAGCAAUGCAGGUCGAAACAGAACCAUCAUUCAUCGACCUAUUCGUCUCGAAGUACUCAAGCUAUCUCAAAAUGCUGAGAGUGACUGCCUACUGUCGUCGUUUCUUGUUGCACUGCCAGCGUCAUGCAAGACCCUCCACUACAAUUAUUACCACUGAAGAAAUAGAAGCCGCUGAGACAGUAUUAAUUCGCCGUGUACAACAACAAAUGUUCGCCUCCGAGUGGAACCAACUACAGCAGUCACAUCCCGUCCAUUCAAAAUCCCGACUCCGUUGGUUUCAUCCAUUUGUUUCUACCGAUCAGCUGAUUCGCAUCGGCGGCAGGCUAAACCAGGCAAAUCAACCUUUUGAUAGUAAACAUCAAAUUAUACUACCAGCUGGUCACGAAAUCUCGACUCUACUCAUCCGCCACCUACACGAAAGACACCUUCAUGCGGCACCACAGCUACUACUCAACGUACUUCGCCAACGGUAUUGGAUCAUCGGGGCCAGAAGCCUGGCCAGAAAAAUUACCCAAGGUUGCGUCACCUGUGUGAGAACACGACCAAAACUCAUCCAACAAUUCAUGGCUGAACUCCCCGCCGAACGAAUUACCGCAACUCGCCCAUUCACAAUCACUGGAGUGGAUUACUGGGGUCCAAUCGCACUCAAACCAGUUCACCGAAGAGCAGCACCAGGCAAGGCGUAUAUUGCCGUCUUCGUAUGCUUCGCGACAAAGGCUGUGCAUUUGGAACUGGUUGGAGACCUCAGCACCGCCAAAUUCAUCCAGGCCCUCAGGCGCUUUGUCUCUCGUCGUGGAUUGUGCGCUGAAAUUUUCAGUGAUAACGGACGAAAUUUCACUGGCGCUGCCAACGAACUGCGUCAGAUCAUCCAAAGCAAUCACCACAACAAACUAAUUUCUGAAGAAUGCGCUAUGCAUGGGAUUCGAUGGCGGUUCAACCCUCCCAAGGCCUCUCAUUUUGGAGGUCUGUGGGAAGCAGCAAUCCAAUCGGCCCAAAAACACUAUUUUCGCGUAUUGGGUAAGCACACACUUUCUAUGGAGGACAUGCAAACCCUGUUGGCACAGAUUGAAUGUUGCCUUAAUUCGCGACCGCUUGUUCCCCUCACCGACGACCCCUCGGACUUCGAAGCCCUCAGUCCGGGACAUUUUCUUACUGGCUCGCACUUGAAAGCUGUUCCGGACGUUGAUGUCAGCAAUAUUCCAAUGAAUCGCCUGAAAGCCCACCAGCAGAUACAAAAACUGCUUCAAGACAUCUGGCAUCGAUGGCAUGUCGAAUAUCUCUGCACCUUGCAAUCCCGCUCAAAAUGGAUCAACCCUCCGGUAACCAUUCAACGGAACCAGCUUGUGCUAUUGAAGGAAGACAACACACCGCCUUUCCAGUGGCCUACUGCACGAGUUGUUGAACUACAUCCUGGAGCAGAUGGGGUAACGCGAGUGGUGACCGUGAAAACACCAACCGGAGAAUACACAAGACCAGUUUCGAAGAUCAGCCUUCUGCCAAUUGUAACAGACGAGAUGAGCAGCCAUUCAUCAGAACUUGCUUCACGAGGACUGCACACUUCAGGCGAAACCGCUGCCGCUGUUUAUCCAGGGAAAUCACAUCACCAUUCAUCGUCAACUUCUAUUGAGGAGUACCUAAAAAGAAAUAAUACAAAGUCCUUUGAUUAAAGGACAAGCGUGGAACCUGCUUUGUCCAUCUUCUCAUCAAUUGACGUCUGCCAUUCCAACAUCAACUUGAUCGACGAUCGACGAGGAGGACAACAUGAUCGUUUGGAUAUCGAUUCAACUGUCAGAAUGCAAUCUUCAACGGGGCCAGGAUGUUCACGCAUGCGAGAAAACGACAAUAGCGACACCUGUACGUCAACAAGUGAAUACACUCUUCAGCGGCCAUUCCCUCGUUCACCGAUCAUUUAAUCGACGAAGUUGCGAAGAGUUUGCGUUUUGACGUAUGUAUUUCCUUGUGACGUCGACUUCCGUCAAGUGACACCUAUAUAAGGAACCUUCGCAGCCUAUGUAAUUCUCUUCUUCGUUCGUCUUCGAGUCAACCGAUAGGUGGAACCCAAAUCAUUCGACGAGUGGUUGCUAAAUUCUAAAUUUGAACUGUAAUACUAGUUUCGUAGUGAAUCUGAAUUAGAAAUUAUUAGAAAGUGAAUUGAAGUUUAAGUUAAGCAAUAAAGAAGUUAAUUAAGAAAAGUGAAGGAAGGAAUAAAGUUUAGUGAACUAGUGAACAUAACCUUUGUAGAGUGUGCUAUCUAUCUGAAGCUGUAACGUCUGUGUGGGGAAAAGGAAGAUAUUUGAAAUAAAAUUGUGUUAUAUCCGCUGAGCUACGACAACUACCCUUCAGGCCCUAUCAGAUGCACCCUUAGGUUGCAGACAGCAGGAUCUCACCUAC